AUGCCUGUGACCAUUAGGAGAGCCACCAUCGAGGAUAUCAUAUGCAUGCAAAAUGCUAAUCUGCAUAAUUUGCCCGAAAACUACAUGUUGAAAUACUAUAUGUACCACAUCCUUUCCUGGCCUGAGGCGUCAUUUGUCGCCACCACCAGCGACCUGAACGAACCUGAGCUUGAUGAGCUGUCGCUGGAGGAUGGCAGGGGCAACGAGAUCAAACUGGACCCCCAUUAUGUGGCUCCGGGCGAGAAGCUGGUGGGCUACGUACUCACCAAGAUGAACGACGAUCCUGACCAGCAGAACGAACCACCUAACGGUCAUAUAACGUCAUUGAGUGUCAUGAGAACGUACAGAAGAAUGGGAAUCGCAGAAAAACUGAUGAGACAAGCGCUGUUUGCAUUAAGAGAGGUGUACCAAGCUGAAUACGUUUCGUUGCAUGUAAGGCAAUCAAACAGAGCUGCUUUGCAUCUCUACAGAGACACUUUGGAGUUCCAAAUGCUAAACGUUGAAAAAUCCUACUACCAGGACGGGGAGGACGCCUAUGCAAUGAAGAAAGUCCUAAAUCUCGAUGAGUUACAUCCAAGCAAUUUCGCUCACCCAAAAGGCAGCAAUGAGAAGUUGGAGGAUGACCUCGAGAGCGAUUUACUGGAGGGGCUCGUCGCCUAG